AUGGCGCGCCUCAGCGGAAUCACGGCUAUUUCUCUCGUGCUAAUUGUCGCGCUCGUUCUCUCACCGUAUGCUUCCACUGCUGUUGUUGCCAAGAAGGUCGAGCCCAAGAAGACUUCAGAUGGGUUUUUUACGUGUGAUGAGGUGAAGAAUUGGAGAAGCAACGGGUAUUGCAAUUCGCCAGAAAACGAGACGCUGGAACAAUGCAACGCCAGGAUCGACUUCUAUCUCAACGAUUGUCAACGACCCGAUCCUCCUAAAAAGGGCUUCAUUUCCUGGCUCAAGGGCCUGCGUGGUUGA